GCAGUUUAGUUGACGCUAGGUUAACCUAAUAGAUUCAACAGAAUUCAAUCUCCACAUACUAGUGCUAUGCAUUAAAGUGCUUAUGUUUGAAUUUACCCUUAUAUUAAUUAGGCAUCUAUAAAUGUCAGUGCUUUGAAUAAAGUCAAGUUGUUAUUUACUUCUUGAACAACUAAUGUUUGUAAACAAAGACCAUGUAUAUAAAAAUAGUUAUAUUACUGCUAACCGUGUCUGCGGUAUCAGGGCUGCCUGGCUUGUGUGACCAGACCCCGCGCCAGGCGAAGGUGUUGACGCCUAGCGAGAAUAACUAUUUCCGGUUAACAAUCGACACUAAGAACUCUAGCGUCUAUGGUCUCGCUCAGACUUAUGUUUUAAUCUUGGAGUCUUACGAGAAAGUUCGUCCGUUCAGAUGGUUCAUGAUCACAGUGGAAGAUGCGUCUGUGGACAACAAUACGAUGAACUUCGACUAUCGCUCGGUGGACGUGGGCAGUCUCAAGACCCUAGACACGAAUAGAUUGGCUCGUUACAGUGAGCGCUGUUAUAACUCUGUUGAGAAUUCCGAUAACUCUGAGAAGUUAAGAGUUGAGGUACAUUGGGUAUCACCGAAAGAAAACAUUCAAAACAAAGACCAGACAGUCCGGCUCCGUGCGAUGGUGGCUGAAAAUGAGGAGGUGUGGUACGUCGGGGAUGACCUGACGUUAGUGCUGAAGAAGGAUGACAGCAAACCGUUAGACCAAUUACCCACUACCCCGUUGGAGAAAUGUUACUUGUGUAGUGAAGCUCGGUACGAGGUAGUAUUCCAAGGACAGUGGUCAAGAAUGUUGCACCCUCACCAAUAUCCGAGUAAGCCUGAUGAAAAUGAAUACAGCCAUAUGAUAGGCGCUUCUCACGCUUACGAUUACACUUUGUGGAAGCCAGAUGACAACGCUAGUCCUGGGUUGAAGACUCUGGCUGAAACUGCCAAUGUCACUGAGCUGGAGAGAGAAAUCAUCAACGCGAUGUCCUUAGAGGGUGGGACAAGGACCUUAAUAAGGGGUAAAAGACGUCGUCACCCGUACAUGUCGGAGCCAUCAGAUUCAAUAUUCCGUGUGGACAGGAUACACCAUAUGUUCUCAGUUGUUGUAGCCAUAAAGCCCUCACCAGACUGGUUCUUGGGUGUGACGAGAUUUGAGCUUUGUACAAAAUUGGGUUGGCUGGAGGAAAGCACCAUACCCCUGUACCCUUGGGACGCCGGAGUAAGAGACGGUAUAUCUUAUGAGUCGCCCACUUCAGUGACGACGCCAGUGGACGCGAUAAGCAGAGUGGCUUUUGGGUCGUUUGACAAGCAGUCGCCAUUUUAUCAGCUCAACCUCAACGAUAUGAAGCCGUUCGCUUAUCUCCACGUCGAAAGACUAGCGGUUUAUCCGUUGAAAGAAGAUUGCGAGAAAGAACCCACCGACGAGGGAGAUCAGGAACAAGAGAACGAAGCGGAAAACCUCGAGGAACACAUAGAAGAACCAGUUGUACAAGCGUUGAGUGAUAACGCAAGAAACGUUUGCGCUGUCACUAAAUGGUCUGAAUGGUCGCAAUGUAUGCCGUACACUGGUGCUUGCGGACCCGGCACCCAAGUCAGGACUAGAGACAAAAUCAGCAAUGUAAACUUACAUUCACAAGUGGAUGUGGAGGAAAAUCCAGAAGUUUGCCGACAAAGUUACAAUAGCGGUCUGACUGAGUUUCAAGAGUGUUUCGUGGAUUGCUCCGACAACUAAGUUAUGAAGAACCAUUAACUGGCAUUAUAUUUCAUUUUAAUUAAUUAAAAAAAUAAUUUACACAAAAAAUA